CCCACAGCUAGCCAAGUCCGCUAGCUGGUCGCUUGCUGGGGCUUCCCCGAAGUGGCCUCCUGGCCGACUUCCGGUGCCGUAGGGCGACAUGGCGGUGGCCACCUUGCUCCCGGCUCUGGCGCGGGGAUAUGUGAAAAAACAUGUGUUCACCCCGGGUAGGCCACCAGCAGCAGACGAAACAAUUCCACCUUAGUUUGAUGCUGUCAAAGCACAGCCUGCUGUCUCCUUUGCUCAGUGGAACAUCAUCCAGAUGCUUUUACAGAGGUGAUAGCCCAACAGAUUCUCAAAAGGACAUGAUUGAAAUUCCUUUGCCUCCGUGGCAGGAGAGAACUGAUGAAUCCCUGGAAACCAAAAGAGCCCGCCUCCUCUAUGAGAGCAGGAAGAGGGGCAUGCUGGAGAACUGCAUUCUCCUUAGCCUCUUCGCUAAGGAAUAUCUUCACACCAUGACGGAGAAGCAGCUUAACCUCUACGAUCGUCUGAUCAACGAGCCUAGCAAUGACUGGGAUAUUUACUACUGGGCCACAGAAGCAAAACCAGCCCCAGAAAUAUUUGAAAAUGAAAUCAUGGAACUGCUGAGAGACUUCACCAAAAACAAAAACAAAGAGCAGAGACUGCAUGCCCCAGAUCUUGAAUAUCUCUUUGAGAAGCCGCAUUGAGCUGUGUGCCACUGUCUGGCAUGGUGAUCAGUACAUGGAUAGAAACUGCUUAUGCUAUUGGCCUUGGUUUCCUGCGUGUUCUUAGAUACUUGACCCUUUCAAGUGAUGGACAUUUCUCUCUCCCAGGACAGACAUGUAAAUGUGCAGUCUGACUCAUGUUCUGUUCCGUGCCUCCAAAAUGGUUUGCCUGCUCCAGACCCCUUGUUAGCCAGCUAUGUACUGUGGUGCAGGUGUGCCACAAGAGGGCACUGUAGGCGAAGUGAUCAAGAUAGCUGCUGCCCCAGCUGAGCUCAGUGAAAAGUGGCACCUGCUAAAAGUACAGUAUGGCCAGCAGUGGUGGCGUACCCCUUUAAUCCCAGCUCUUGGGAGGCAAAGGCAGGCGGAUCUCUGAGUUCAAGGCCAGCCUGGUCUACAUAGUGAGUUCCAGGACAGCUGGGGCUACAGGAAGAACCUGUCUCAAAAAGACAAAAAAAAAAGUACAGUAUGAAGAGCCGCCUUCCCACCGUCUACCCCAGGGUCUUGUUAAGACAAAACUCCCCCCUCCCAGCCUCAUGUGGUCCUUUCUGCCAAGGAAAGCUGAUCCAAGUCCCUGAGCUGAGCCCAUCAGAGGCACAGCAGGCAGAAUGAGGGCAGUGAGCAGGGAUGGUGUGAGCAUGCAGUCCAAGUCAGCGUCCUCAUCAGAUUUGGUUUACGGUGUACACUUUGUAAAUUGAAAGAAAUUGAAUAUUAAUGAAUAUUGAGAGAAGGGAAUUGGCAGUUCCCCAAAUCCUCUCAAUUA